CCAUUCAUGACCAUCAUGGUCGGUAAAGAUAUGUGGGAUGCACUCGAAGCCAAGUUUGGAGUCGCGGACGCAGGAAGUGAGUUGUAUAUCAUGGAACAGUACCAUGACUACAAGAUGAAUGAUGACCGCUCCGUUGUUGAGCAGGCUCAUGAGAUUCAAUCGCUCACUAAAGAACUUGAGCAUCUCAAUUGUGUGUUACCGGACAAAUUCAUUGCCGGAGGCAUCAUUGCCAAGCUUCCUCCUUCAUGGAGGAAUUUUGCUACCUCUCUGAAGCAUAAGAGGCAAGAGUUUACUGUUGUCAAUCUAAUUGGCACUCUUGAUGUAGAAGAGAAGGCGAGGGCAAAAGACACACGUGCUCGUUUCCAUGAGGGGAAUUCCAGUGCCAAUUUGGUACAAAAGAGAAAUUUCCAAACCCACAAACCCAAGAACAAAAACUAUGCGGGCAAAGGAAAAUUCGAUGGCAAGUACAAAGCCCCACAACCUGUCAACUUCAAGAAGAAGAAGGAUACUUAUAAGAAGAAAGGAAAGUGCCAUGUAUGUGGCAGUGAAGAACAUUGGGCUUCAUCCUGCAAGGACCGCUGGGACAUGCGUCAGAAUGAGAACAAUAGCAAGACCGCUAAUGUUGUUAUUGGCGAUGUUGACAUGAAAGAUGUCGGGUCGCAAGAACUACACCCGUGCUGAUGGGAAACGGGACACAUGCUUCUGUUCAUGGUGUUGGUACGGUCGAUCUGAAGUUUACUUCGGGAAAGAUCGUGCGACUGAAGAACGUGCAGCAUGUCCCUGCUAUAAAUAAAAAUCUUGUCAGCGGUUCUUGUUUGUGUCGAGAUGGUUAUAAAUUGGUAUUUGAGUCCAAUAAGGUUGUAGUAUCUAAGUGUGGACAAUUUGUUG